CUGGCACACAAAACACAUACUCAGGCAAUGGAGUUCAGAGGAGGUUCUGUCCUGGGCACCAUCCAGGAGGCUCACAGUGCACAGGACACACUAUCCGGCUACACACACGUCCACAACACCCCAGUGACACCUAAGCCUGUGUUUACCAUCAGUCACUCAGCUGCUGGGUGGGAAGAUGACGGGGGAAGCAGAAAACCUUCCCGGGAGGAGGUACAACAUGAUAAACCUAAUCUAAGAGAAGUCACUGAGUGUUGGGGAGCGCGCCACACCUUGACGAUGAUGCUGUCACUAUGCCUGGCGUUACAAUUUUCUAUGCGAGUGAACUUGUCCAUAGCCAUCGUAGCGAUGGUGGGAACGACCUCCUACAACGACACUCUCGACACCUGCCCCUCGUCAAACGACACAGAUAACGGCUCCAGUGACGACGACGACGAUGACCUGCAAGGAAAGUUCAGCUGGGAUGAACAAACUCAGGGGCUGGUGUUGGGAGCCUUCUACUGGGGUUACGCCACUACUAACUUUGUGGGCGGACGGGUGGCGGAGCACAUGGGGGGCCGCCUGGUGUUGGGCCUCAGCACCGGGCUCUCCUCCCUGGCCACCGUCAUUAGCCCCCUCUGUGCCUACGUCUGUAAGGAGCUCUUCAUCUUUGUCAGGAUUUUAGAAGGUGCUUGUCAGGGCGCCAGCUUCCCUGUCGUCGGUCUCCUCCUGGCUACCUGGAUACCCCCUGAAGAGAGAGCCAAACUCGCCUCCAUUGUAUACUCAGGGUCGGAGGCGGGAACGAUGGUGACGCUGGCGAUGAGUGGUUGGCUGUGUGGGUGUGGGAGUGGGUGGCCCUCCGCCUUCUACGUGUUCGGUGUUCUGGGAUUGGUGUGGUGUAUUACCUGGUUCCUGCUGGUGCACGACUCACCUCACACACACCCAAGGAUCACCCCAGCCGAACUCACGUAUAUCCAGUCAAGUCUAAGCUCAGUCACAACAACUAGGAUAAAGAACAUCCCAUGGAAGGCCAUUUGGACAUCAGGACCAAUGUGGGCUGGGAUGAUGUUUGCAGUUGGCUCCAGCUUCGGGUUCUUCAUCGUACUGACGGAGCUGCCGACUUACCUUAGCAACAUGCAGCAUUUCGAUUUAAACAACAACGGUAUCAUGUCUGGGUUACCAUAUCUGGUGUCGUGGAUCUUUGCCAUGACGUGGGGCUCCCUUAUGGACACCCUGACGGAGAGACGAGUGUUGUCUGUGACCACUGUGAGGAGAGUGUCCAGCGCCGUAGGUUGUUACGGCUUUUCCCUGGCACUGCUCGCCAUGUGUUUCGUGAGGUGUAACUCAACCUUAGCUAUUAUCACCAUGUGUGUGGCUCUCGGCCUCACUGGGGCAAUGUACAGCGGGGCGUUCCUUCUUGCAAUGGAAAUCGCUCCUAACCUGGCUGGCACUCUUGUGGGGAUCAGUACUACCAUCUCUGGCAUCAUUGGGUUCCUUGCCCCGGUUUUCACCGGUGCCAUCAUCAACGAUAAUCAAACAUUUGGUAGGUGGAGUAUAGUGUUCCUUGUUGCAGCUGGAUUGAACAUGUGCACUGCGACCUUCUAUAUGUUUUUCAUGUCAGUAGAUGUUCAGCCUUGGAAUGACCCGACAACUGACGAUAAAGAAAAGACAUCAACGGCAGACAACGGGAACAGUGGCAACAGAUAUAUAUAAACAGAGUGAAGAUAAGCUCACUAGCUCUCCUUUGAGUAACUUCUCUCACCUCAAGCUGUAACUCACUCAAGGUUGACACACAGCUUACUCCCGCGCUGCCCAAGUUACUCCUUGAUCGCACUCCUGGACAAUUCUCCAAGUUUUAUUAAAUACUCCUGCAGCGUAUUUUCGGACACAAAGAGCCAAUCUCACUCGCCACUUCCUGAAAAACAACAAAAUAUCAGGAUUCGGACACUCUCGACGUUAAGAAUCCAAGCGCCUCCGUACAAGUGUUUGACGCUAAAGGUGGUGAAGCCCUUCGCCACAAUGAGGUCCAAGAGGAAACGAACAAGUGAAAAAAACGAGUCCUAUAAUCAUGACCUCACAUUAGGGAUCGUAACUCAGGGUAAUUGUGAAGGAACAUAGUGAAUACUUGACACCUUUUGUCGCUACGUUUAGUCAGAUUCAUGUACUCUCUGUUCUUUGGUCUUAUGUUCACACCACAGGACGCACUCAAGCACAUUUACUCUUCCUGACAAAACAAAAAAUCCCAGAGACUGAUUAUUCUUGAAAUCUCUGUAAAACCUGACGUUCUAACACUUACAAUACCUAUGUGUGUUGGAUGAUAAUUCUUUUCUUUGUCAGCGUCAAACUUUAUACAACAAAAAACCUUGGUUGCAGUUAAGGGGAAAGAGCUCCUGUCUGCCUUAUUAUUUUUUUAUAUUAAGAAUUCUUCGAAGUAUAUUUCACUACAGAUGAGUAAUUUAAGUAGCUAACGUUUACAUCACGGUCCACUGGAUGCGUUCAUUCUCUCCAUUACUACUUUCAAAACGUAAAAAAAUAUCAAGUCAUUUACAUUUUCAAUUAUUAUAAUUAUCAAACUUGAAAAUUAUUUAAUAUUCACUGUUCAUAAGAAUAUCCAUCACCUUAAUAUCUACAUUCAUAAUCAUUUAAUCACCACGACUGUAGAGGCUCUGUUUUUCUGGCAUGUCACUUGUACAAAUAUUCUAAAACAUUAUAGUAGCUUCCGUGACGCCCGCUGGACCACCACUCCACGACCCCCUGACGGAGACACAAUGAUCCUCCCCAUACUGGCCAGAUAUUUUGUAAAUAA